UUUCCUUUUAAAACAUGUCUGCUACCGUCUGUGCAUCGUUUUCUAAAUCGUAUGUGUAGCCAUUUGAUUCACAGCGGUAUUCGCUUCGUGGUGAAAAGAAAUACUAUAAACAAUGCUACAGGACAACGUCCCUAUAUUUCGUAACCUCAAUGCUGAGGACCACGAAGCCGAAGUAACUGAAAUUGAAAGUCUCUGCAUGCAGUGCCACGAGAAUGGGACCACGCGCCUCUUGCUCACCAAGAUACCUUUCUACAAAGAAGUUGUGAUCAUGUCAUUCAACUGUGACAACUGCGGAUGGCAGAACAACGAACUGCAACCUGCUGCUACGAUUCAAACCACCGGUAUUCGUUUUACUCUGAACGUGAGUACCAAAACAGACAUGAACCGAGAGGUCGUCCAAACCGGCACAGCAUCUGUCAGCAUCCCCGAGUUGGAGUUUGAAAUACCGGCGAAGUCACAGGAAGGUAGCAUCACAACAGUUGAAGGAAUCUUGGACAGAGCGAUUCAAGGACUGGAGGCGUCUGUGAAACACAUCACAGAUGAAGAUGUGUCGCAUAAAAUGACCGAGUUCGUAAACAAGAUGAAGUCCUUACGUAAGCUCGAAAGGUCGUUCAGAAUAGUCAUAGAUGACCCUUCGGGAAAUAGUUUUGUGGAGAACCCUCGUGCACCCAGUGCGGACGAUGCCAUGACUGUGGAGCGGUACACCAGAUCGAAGGAACAGAAUCUUCUUCUAGGCAUGGAUGAAGAAGCUACGGAAGAGGAAGAUGUCACUUCCGAAGUGCUGACAUUCUCGACAAACUGCAGCGAGUGUGGUGCGCCGUGUGAGACGCGUAUGAAGACGAUAAAGGUGCCUUAUUUCAAAGAAGUGAUAAUAAUUGCAACAACCUGCGACCGAUGUGGCCAUCGGACCAACGAGGUGAAGAGCGGGUCCGGCAUCGAACCUCUCGGAGAACGACUGGAGCUCGACGUGACGGAAACCUGCGACCUAGCCAGGGACGUUCUAAAGUCUGAGACCUGCACCGUUUCCGUGCCUGAGCUGGAGCUGGAAGUUGGAGCUGGGCUGCUCGGAGGACGCUUCACCACGGUCGAGGGGCUCCUGGAUGAGAUACGCAGACAGAUCACCCAGGAGAAUCCAUUCUUCCGGGGCGACACAGUGAGCAGUCAGCAAAAGGUGCGCAUGGGGGCUUUUGUGGAUCAGCUGGGAAAAGUCAUAGAAGGCAAAAUGCCGGCGACUCUAAUACUGGACGACCCGUUCGGGAACAGCUACAUCCAGAACCUGUACGCUCCAGAACCGGACCCCGCGCUGAGGAGCACAAAGUACGAGCGGUCCUACGAGCAGAACGAAGCGAUGGGCCUCAACGAUAUCAAGACGGAAAACUACGAGGAAGACAGCUGACGCAGAGGACGUUACAGGCAGCAGUGGUGCUUGAUGGACAGUCCAUGUUUGAGAAGGCUUCGAAUCAGCGAUCAGUAAAUUGUGCCAGUGAUGUGUAAAGUGCAGCUGCAUUAAGCAUACGGACACUGGCUUUGUUAUGAAGCCCCCAUGACUUUUGCACAAAGUUGUGUGAGUCACAAGAAAGGCACCUAGAUUUGCUUCCUCCUGGUAGCAUUCUAUGUGACUGUUAAUGACACGGAAUACAGCUAGGCACAUAUGUGCCAAGUGCACUGCAAGCUCUGUGUAUUGAUAGCACUGGUAACAAAAAAAGAAGCGGUGUAUUGAAUAAAGUAUUUUUCUGCUGUGG